AUGGAUUCCAGGAAGAUGCGCAGGCGCAAGAAGAUGACAACUUCGCCGGCGGCGGCGGCGGCCGUCGACCUCAUCAGCGAGCUCUCCGACGACGUGCUCCUCCACAUCCUCAGCUUCCUGCCGGCGGCGAGCGACGUGGCGCGGACCACCGUGCUGUCGAGGCGGUGGCGCCACCUCUGGAGCGCCGCGCCAUGCCUCCGCUUCGCCGUCGAGCCGGCGCCGCCGCCCUCGACGUCGUCUCGUCGUGCUGACACCGGCAGCCGGCUCGUCGCCGCCGUGGACUCCGUCCUCGCGCGGCGCGCCAUCGACGGCGCCGACGUUGAGACGCUGAAGAUCUCCUUCGUCUUCAGUUCAUCACCCAACGACGGCGGCGGCGGCGGCAGAUCAGCGUUCGACGGCGACUGGCACGACCACGCCGACGACAUCGAGUCGGAGCACGUCGCCGCGUGGCUCCGCUUCGCCGAGCGCCAUGUCACCGGCGACUUCAGGCUCGACGUGCCCACCCUGCCAAGGCAGAGGCGCCAGGCCGAGCUCCCGAGCUCGGCGAGGUUCAAGUCGAUGCGGCUCUGGCUAGCCUACGCGGAGCUCACGGUCCCGACCGCCGCCGCCGCCGCCGCCGACCGCGCGUUCGCCGCGCUCACCGACGUCCGGCUCAGCACGGUCAAAGUCGACGACGUCAACGGCCGCCGCCUCUGCGACCUCUUCUCGUCGCCGGCAUGCUGCCCGCGGCUGCGCAGGCUGACGCUCAAGCUCUUGGGCCUCCCCGACGUGAAGGCGGUGGAGGUGGACGCGCCGGGCCUCCGGGAGCUCGCCGUCACGGGCGUCUCCGUGGACGAGAUGGCGGCGCCGCCGAUGAUCUCCGCGCCGAGGCUGCGGCGGCUGACGUUCGAGAGCGACGAGACGUGCCGCGGCGGCGGCCUGAUGGUGCUGGACGGCGCGCGCAUGGAGAUCGACAUCUUGUCCCAUGGCUUCUCCGGCGUCGCCGACAACCGGGACUUGGCCUGGUUUCUUCAGCACUACGCCGCCGCGGAUCGCCUCGACGUCCGACUCCUUGUGCCAUUGGGCGAGGAUCUGAUGAAUGAUAUACCAGAAUUUCCCAAUGUUACCGAGUUGAGAAUAACUGCACAAGUGUCCAUACCUACACACACUAUUGGAGCAAGCAUAGCCAAGUUCGUCGCGAAGUGCAGCAGAAUCGAGGUGGUGAUUCACAUCCUGGCUGCAAAUGUGAAGAACCUAAAGAUUGGAAGGACAUGA